AUGGAAGGCCAGAACAAAAGUACUGGAUUUAUCAUCUUGGGGUUUUCUGGCAAUCUGGAGAUGCGAGGUUUGCUUUUCACAUUAUUUUUGACCAUGUAUGUCAUGUCACUGGUGGGGAACGCAUUAAUAAGUAUUAUUGUGAGGCUUGAUCCUGCUCUUCACACACCAAUGUGCUAUUUCAUUGCCAGUCUAUCUUUGGUGGAUAUCUGCUAUACAUCAGUCACAGUCCCUAAGAUGCUGGUGAACCUCCUCUCCAAAGACAAAAACAUCUCCUUUACUGGCUGUGCUGCCCAGCUAUAUUUCCUUCUCUUCCUGGGAACCACGGAGUGCUUUCUUCUUGCUGCCAUGGCAUACGACCGUUUCAUGGCCAUCUGCAACCCUCUGCGCUAUGCAUCCAUCAUGAGCAAGCAGCUGUGUGCCGGGCUGGUAGCUGGAUCAUGGGCCAGUGGGAUGGUGCUUUCCCUAGGGCAGACAAACUUAAUAUUUGCUCUGCCUUUCUGUGAGGACAACCGAAUUGACUAUUUCUUCUGUGACAUCCCUCCACUUUUGAGACUUGCCUGUGGAGAUAUAUUCAUAAAUGAAAUUGCUGUCUUUGUGGCUGGAAUGUUAAUCACUCUAAUCCCAUCACUCUUGAUACUAGGCUCCUACAUCCACAUCAUCACCACCAUCCUGAAAAUUGCAUCUGCAAAGGGCAGGCAGAAAGCCUUCUCCACCUGCUCCUCACAUCUCAUUGUCAUCACUUUGUUCUAUGGCUCAGCAAGCGCGAUGUACCUGAGACCCAGCUCUAGCUACACUCUUGAAAAUGACAAAUUUCUAGCUCUGCUUUACUCUAUCAUCACCCCAACCCUGAAUCCUAUAAUUUACAGUUUGAGAAGCAAAGAAAUCAAUGCGGCUCUGAAGAGAAGGGCUACCUCAAAAUGCUUUCAUUUCAAUCACUGA